GUGAAAUAACUGUAAACUGUUUCAUCACUCCAGUCUACGCUACAACUUCAGUCUCCAUCCAGCCGUGGGCGGGACGUCAUGCUGUUGAUCGAUGGGAUGCCUGCCGUCAGCGUCCAAUCAGAGUCUCUGGAGCCUCAGAGAAUGCCCCAGACAGAGCCUGUAGACCUGUCCACCAGCAGCUCCAGGACAUCUCCGACAUCCACAGGAUCCCUGUGCCCCCUACCGUCCACCUCCAUCACCAAGCCUUCCUCAUCAUCAUCCUCCUCCUCUGUCAUUACGUAUGUCCCAAAUAUUCCUGCUAUAUCAGCGGCAGGUCCCGGCAUGAGAGUCCUUUUGUUAUCAGAGAGUACCCCCUCACAUCACUCUCCUCCAGCCCCGCCCCUCUUCAGGCCCACCAGAUGGGACAGGUUGUACCAGAGUGGGUCAGAGAUGGGACAGGUUGUAACCAGAGUGGGUCAUGACUCCAUGUUAGCCGGUGGUAUCCAGAGCAUGCGGGUAGGUCAUGUGACCAGGUCAGAGGUCAGGGGGCGUGUCCGUAGGUGUGUCCACAGGUGUGAGUUUUACGGCUGUAACAAGGAGUACACCAAGAGUUCCCACCUCAAGGCCCACAGACGCACACACACAGGUGAGAAGCCGUAUAAGUGCACGUGGGACGGGUGCACGUGGCAUUUUGCCCGUUCUGACGAGCUGACCCGCCAUUACAGGAAACACACGGGGGUGAAGCCCUUCAGGUGUAGCGACUGUCAACGCUCCUUUUCCCGCUCAGAUCACCUGGCCCUGCACAGACGCAGACACACACUGAUCUGAGGAGGGACCUGGCCCUGCACAGACGCAGACACACACUGAUCUGAGGAGGGACCUGGCCCUGCA